AGAACAGAAGGAAGGUUGCUUUUGUGAGUACAGUAGCUUUUCAGUUAAAGCACUUGCUGGGUGUCCACCGUAAUGACCGAUAUUUCCCUAUUUUCUAGUUUGUUGCCUUGCUAGUUGCUACUAUUCAGGCUGCGCUGACUCGACAUUUGAAAAGCAGCAGACUUGAAGAAAGAACGAAAGACCAUUGGAGAGAGUGGCUUUGGGAAGGUACAAGGAAGAGGCAGAGGAAGAGUGUAAUAAAACACUAAAUAAAGACUAAAGAGGCUUCAAGCCUCUCUCUCUCUCUCACUUUCUCCUUCAACUCCUUCAUGGAAAAGUUUCCUUGUCUCUAGAAUGGGUUGAUCAACCAAACCCCAUUCGAGUUUCUUGAUGAUUUGAUGAUUGUUGGCCCGACCCCAUUGAUGAUCUCUUUCUCUCAACUCAAGCUAGACCCAGAACCAAGCUUCACUCUUAAUCAGUCUCGUCUUCAACAGUAACCACUUUUGAACUGAGCUAGUUCUACUCUUCUGAUCUUUGAUCUUUUUUACUUUGUUGAGUUGUUUCUGUGUUCUUGCAUGCUUAGUUUGUCCUGCACAUUUGCUUCGCAUGUCGUUUCUCGUCUGAGUUUACAAGUGCUGCAAUACCCCUUCUGCAUGCAGCUGAACUUCAAAGGGGUUGUGAUGAAGAUGUUUUGAUUGAUUUUUGGGUGUUAAUGGGUCAAAUCUUAUCUUGUGUUCUUCGCUGUCUUUGUGGCGGCCGCCGCAAAGAUCGUGACGAUGAAGAAAUAGCAAGGCCGAAAUCGGUCCAACAAGGCGAAAAUCCCCUGCCUCCAACAGCCACCAUUGAAGAUGUGAACCUCCGUGAUGCACUGCUCACCUCCAUCUCCAAUGGUGAUGGGGAAUUACAGCAGCAUGGCUUGUUGGUUGCUUUAGAAGCACCUCAAGUUCCAAAACCCUUUGUUUUGUUUCCGGGGAGCAGCAUCAGGCUUGAAUCCGCCACUCCACCAAAACCUUCGUGCAUUAAUGUCGAUCCCUCAACUGAAGCUCCAUUGUCAAUGCAAGAUGGGCUUGGAGAUUCAUCAAUUGGUAGGCAGCGGGGUGACAGUGUAACCGUUGAUUUCGAUCAGCUCGUGCAUAUGAAAAAGGGGCAAGGAAGAAGUUAUGAUCAAGUAUGUAUGGAUAUCUCGGCCUUUAAGCAAGCAGAGUUAAACAGCCGUCAGGAAGUGAAGCUGAAGCUGUGCGAGGUGAAGGAGGUGUGGAAGAAGUAUUACUGCAGCAGGCACAAGAUUCUACUGGUUGGGGAAGGCGAUUUCUCGUUCUCGGCUAGUUUGGCUGUGGCCUUUGGCACUGCUGCUUUCAACAUAGUUGCUACUUCACUAAAUUCCCAAGAGUUUUUGAGCAAGAAUUACAGUAAAGCUAUGGCGAACAUCGCAGGACUAAGAGCUAGAGGGUGUUUGAUAAUGCACGGUUUGGACGCCACCAAAAUGGCAGAACACGGCUCGCUCAAGGGAAUGAAGUUUGAUCGCAUCGUUUUCAACUUCCCACACGCUGGAUUCUACCCCACAGAAUCUACAAAUUCGCAGAUUCGGAGGCACCAGAAGCUGAUAAGACUGUUCUUCAUGAAUGCCAAGAAGCUGCUGAAAGAAGAUGGAGGGGAAGUUCACAUCACCCACAAAACGAAUGCGUUCCAUAGGGAAUGGGAUCUGGAGGGCUUGGCUUCGGUCACCGGGUUGAUGCUUGUUGCUAGGGAGAAGUUUAAUUUCAUAGAGUAUCCAGGCUACAAGACCAAGUACGGGUUUGGAGGCGACAAUAACUUCAACUGCAAUCCCAGCAGCACCUACAGAUUUCAAGUUCAGAAAACUGCAACCUAAUGUUGUUUUAGUCUCAAUGCUGAUCUGCUUGAUGCUUUGAUUCCGGUAUGCAGACUGUGGUUUCCGUUAUAAACUUAUUUCGGAGAGGGCAUUGUACAGCGGUGUGCCUUUUCUUUUGUGUAUAUCUAUUUUGGGAAGCAAACAAUGAUGUAGGGCAUUCCAAGAAGUGACCACUGACCAGAACCAGAGUUCUUGUAAGCAGGGGAGGAGAAUGCAGUAGGACUGUAGGAGCUUGGUUAUAGCUCGAUCCAUCGGCACUAUCAGGCGCGGAAGAGGGGAUUUUCAUUAGCCAGUGUCAAUGUUGCCUCUCUUUCAAUGUCUCUUUCAAUGUUGCCUCUCUUUCAAUGUCAUUUUCCAAAUUGAGAACCGUGACCCAUGAGCGAACCAACGAAACUUUAACUCAUUGGGUGGACUGUGAACCUUGAACCAUAGAUGGAAUAGAGCGACGUUGAAUCC